CAGAAACAGAGGGAAAUGUCCUGGUGGCCGCGCGGAGAGGAUGCAGAGGAGGCCAUGCAUCAAGACACUGACUCUGAUGUGGCUGAACAGAGAGACGGUGGGAAAGUGAAGGUGAAAUGGACCCAAGAGGAGGAUGACAAGCUCAAGGCUUUGGUUCAAAAAGUGGGGCAGAAUGAUUGGAAAUACAUUGCCAGCUUCAUACCGAGUCACACUGAACACCAGUGUCAGCACCGCUGGUUUAAGGUCCUGGAUCCAGAACUGGUUAAAGGUCCUUGGACCAAAGAGGAAGAUGAGAAGGUGAUAGAGCUUGUACAUCUCUACGGCAACAAACAAUGGGCUGUGGUAGCCAAACAUCUGAAAGGCAGGCUGGGCAAGCAGUGUAGAGAGCGCUGGCACAACCACCUCAAUCCCAACGUGAAGAAGUCAUCGUGGACAGCAGAGGAGGACCUCAUCAUCUACAAGGCUCACUGCCUGCUCGGAAACCGCUGGGCGGAGAUUGCGAAGCUGCUCCCUGGAAGGACGGACAAUGCAGUGAAGAAUCACUGGAAUUCAACCAUCAAACGCAAGUUAGAGAUGGGUUUCUACGCAGGGGAGGUUUUUAAGCCGAAUGAACUUGAAGAGCUGCUGGCCUGUGUUAAUAAGGAUGCGCAGAUGGCCAGUUGCUCUCAAGAUGGUGCAGACAAGGAUCCAGAGCAGAAAGCAGAACCUACAGAAACACCAGACUCAGCCUGUGUUAAAUCCAGUCCCAGCAAGACAAGUCCAUCACAGUCCACCCCCUCUCCAAAGGACACUUUAAGCCCCAAGACUGAAACGGACUCCACGGGAGAUAUGAGCUGUACCAGCUGGGUGGUGGACAGCUCUGGCUUUCUCUCUCCUACCGGCCCAGUGCUGAAGGAAGUGAUGGACAUGGUGGAUGGGGACAUCGAUGGCUGGUGCAACCUGGCAGCAUUCGACCUGCCUGAAGACAGCCCAAGUCCAGAGCGCCACCAGUUCCGUCUGGAGGGCAGCGCCUUGCAGGAGCUGAGCAAAGGCAGCAAGGGAGAACUCAUCCCCAUCUCUCCUGGAGGGGUCACGCCGCCCUCCAUACUGAGCCGUCGCAGCCAGAGACGCAUCGCGUGGUCUCCCGACGCCAGUAGCUUAAUGACGCCUAAGAACACGCCAGUCAAAAUCCUGCCCUUCUCUCCAUCUCAAUUCCUCAACAUGUGGACCAAGCAGGACACUCACGACCUGGAGAAUCCGUCCCUCACGUCCACACCGGUGUGCAGCCAGAAAGCCAUCGUUACAACCCCUCUGCAGCGAGAUAAGACCCCCCUCACUCAGAAGGAAAACUCAGCGUUCGUCACACCCAACCACAAGUCAGAGCUCUGCACGACGCCACGGACUCCCACGCCAUUCAAAAAUGCCAUGGAGAAGUACGGACCUCUGCAACCUCUGCCUCAGACUCCUAACCUUGAAGACGACAUCAACGAGGUCAUCCUGAGAGAAUCUGGGAUGGACCUGAACAUCAUCCGCACAACUCCACCUGAGCAGAGACGCAAAACUAUGCAUCGCCCUCCUAUGAAGAAAGUGCGUAAGUCGUUGGCUCUAGAUGCCGUAGAUUGUCAGGUGAUGCCGACGUCCAAACGCAAAUCCAGAAAUGAAACAAAACACAGCUUCAAGGAAGAAGCUGUGAUGGUUUCUCUGAACUCCUCGUCAUUUUACAGCAAGGGGCAUGAAAAUAUUUUGGAUCAAGGCUUCCUUAUGGGACCAAGUGACAGUGCCAUAUUUCCCAGCACGGUGCCCCCAACUCCUAUGUCAAAAGAGUGGGAAACAGUUGUGUGUGGACAAACUAAAGACCAGCUCAUAAUGACAGAGAAAGCGCGACGUUACCUUCGCUCGCUAAAACCGCACGCUCCCAACAGAGCUCUGAUCUUGUCCUGAGAUGUCCAUCAUCUUUAACAUGUUACACACACAUUUUCUUACUGUUAGUUAUUGUUUCUUCCUAACGUUCUGCUGUUGUACUUUGUGGUGAAGAAAAAAGACCACGUCCUGUAGAUUUAAUACAGUUUUCGACAAGUCAUUAGCAAUCAGAAACCUCAUCAGUAUAGCUCUGUCAAUAAAUUUAGCAGGGACGAUUUAAGAGAGAAAGGUGCUUUUAGAUUUAGUCUCAUUCCAGAGGCCGACACAUGAGGCCUGGAUAAACAAAGUAUUAAUUACAUUUCAGUGUAUUUUUGACAUUAAAACAUCUUUAAAAAGAACAAUUAAUGUAAAAUUAAAAAAAAUCACGGCUAUGUACUGUUUAUCAGUGGAGAUAAAGAAGAUGGUUUUACAUUGCAUAAUGUGUGUAAUUAAACAGUUUUUUAAUGUUGCAGAGAGCACAAACACUCAGGUUGCGCGUUCAUAAUGAAAAGCCAGUUAUAUAAUUAAUGCAGAUUGAUCAGUAAUGCAUUUAGGGAUGAAGGAUCCAUUUAAUUAAAAUGUUAUGUGAACAUUUGUUAGAUGUGUUUAAUAUGUGUACAGUAAUGAUAUGCAGGAUGCAUCUCAUAUAGGAGUACAUUGGGCUUGUGUUCCUAGAAAUGUAACUGAUUAUUGCAGAUAUCAAUUAUCUGUUAAAGUGAUUAAUGAGUCACAGAAGUUAGCAAAUUGAUGAAUGCUACAUGUGUUGUAUUCAAAUAUAGGAGGUGAACUGCUAUGGAUGCAGGAAUGAAUGGUGUACAGUUGAUGGCGAGGGUAUACAUGACAUGUU